AAUGUUAUGGCUCAUUGGUGUAAAUAAAAUGGAGCGGAGAUGAACCUGCGUGGAAGAGGAUCUUAGUGUAUUUUGUCCCUCAGUUAGGAGGAUGGUUUGAGAGUUUAACUUCUUCCAAAGGUCAAAGGUGAAGAAUUGCAGAAGUUGAUAAAAAGUUUGUGUAAUCAAUUCUUCAAAACUACAAUUAGAUUACAAUACCAAGCUUAAAAAACUAUUUGGAUGUCAUACCAGUAGCCUCCACUCUAAUCAAGGCAUAAGCGUUAGUGCCUGGACUUGGCUAAACAGCAUUGGAACUUAGAUUGGAACUGGGUUCUAUGGUCAGAUGAGUUAUAAAUGUAUUGAUAUAUUGGUCGAUAUAUGAUGUUGUGUGCUGUUUUGCCCUGGGACCCUGGCCAGGAUACAUGGCAUCAUGCGCUCUGACAAGUAACAGGAGAUUUUAGAGAAAUCUUUUGUCUGCUGGGAGGCAAAACUGGAUCAUUUGCUUGAUCUUCCUGUGGGCCAAUGGUCGAAAGCAUCUCUCCAGAUCCACAAAAGAAUAUCUAAAAUCCCAGGUUUGACAGAUUAAUAAUCUGUGAGAUGAGUUGAAAGUAGAGUCCACAAGUGAGGGGCAAGUACGUUGAAUGACCUAGACAGAUUCUCCAUUGAUGAAUGGUGUCAUAUCCUUUGUUAUGUGUUCCCUCAGCUCAUCAAACAUCUGUGUGUCAAGACUGUGCUGUUAUCUUGGCAAGUAGAGGGUGAAAAAAGUAUGAAUGCAGGGUGCCAAUAAACACAAUGCUUUUAAGAUUAUAAUUUCUUCCCUUUGAAAAGAUUUGACCUAAUUAAAGAGUGUAAGGUCAAGCUGAUGCAAUCAAACUUCAUAUUUUUUUCAUUUGUCUUUACCCAGGGUACCAAUAGCGAAGGGCAUUGUAUGUUCAAUGUAAAUAAAAAUUACAAAGAUUUAAUAAAUAUAUAUAUUUUUUUAAACAAGCUCACCUGGAAUCAUAAUAUCAGUUUCGUGCCCUUACUGCUUGUCUCAGAUGCCACCCUUUUCAGGUUGAACACAAGUCUAUUGUAAACCCCUCCCCCUCUGAUGUCAUAGGGAAAUGACUGGGAAGUUUGAGGACAUUAUUUAAGGAGCCAGCUCUCUCUGGAGUCUCAGAUGUGAUCCCAGGAAUACUGCAUACUUCUAAGGAAUAGCAACUCUUUCCAUCCCCCUCCAUGAAUUUGGCCAUUGGAAUCCUAGAUCUCAAGGAAACCGUAUUCUACAUAUUAUCUGUAAGGUGCGAUUUAUCUUUUUUUAGUUUUAGCUGUAUUGGCUCUGUGUUUUCAUGCUUUCAGCAUUAUGGCCCAUAGGUAGCGAUGCUGUGUUUUGUUGAACACAUUUCUUGAAACCGUCCUAAGAUCUAACAGUCUAAACAAGACAGGUGUACUUUCUGUUUUGAAUCCAUCAUGACUAUUUUGUUUGCUGCUCUACACCUGUUAGUCAUGCUGUCUCUGACAUCCAGAGCAUUUGGAUCUGAGUCAAGGGUUGCCACCCCCAUCACCUGUACGACCCGUGGGGCAGACCUGACGGAGGAGAGGCAGGUGGUGCUCUGCCCGCCUAACUGCACCACCUGGAGAUUGUCUGUGUUUGGUUCGGAGAUAUACGCCUCCGUGUCCAGUGUGUGUGGAGCAGCCAUGCACCGGGGGGUGAUAAGGUCACCAGGGGGACCAGUGAAAGUUCAUAAACUACAAGGCAGACAGAAUUACCUCGGCUCCUACACCCAUGGAGUCCAAUCUCAGGCCUUGUCUAGGUGGACUGCAUCCUUCACUGUGGCCGAAUCUGCUUAUGUUCCUCAGGAGUUAUCAGCCCAGAUUUCCACAACUGUUCUCCCUGCCUUGGGACCAGAGAAGAAAACAUUAAAGAAACCAGUAAAGAAAAUACAAACUGGAGGAAAUAGAGACUGCCAGGUGGAGUUAUGCCUACUGCUGGAUAGCAGCAGCAACAUUGGCCAACGUCGUUACAACCUUCAGAAGAACUUUAUCAGCAAGUUAGCGGUGAUGCUAAGGAUUGGACCGAAUGGACCACAUGUUGGUGUAGUGCAAGCUAGUGAUACACCCCGGACAGAAUUCUACCUGACUAACUACACUCAACCCAAAGACGUGGUAUUUGCCAUCAAAGAGAUUGCAUUCCUGGGAGGCAAUACGAACACAGGCAAAGCUUUAAUGCACACCGUAGAGUCCUUUUUCCAGACGGGGGUGAGGAGAGGACAUCCCAGGGUUGUAGUGGUGUUUUUAGAUGGUUGGCCCUCAGACAACCUGGAGGAUGCAGCCAUGCUAGCCAGAGAGUCCGGAAUCAAUGUUUUCCUGGUGCCAGUGGCCAAGCCUUCUCAAGAGGAGCUAGGCAUGGUCAGAGACAGUGACUUCAUGAAGAAGGCAGUGUGCAAGGACAAUGGCUUCUUCACCUACCCCAUACCCAGUUGGUUUGGAACCACCAAGCACGUGAAGCCGCUAGCCCAGAAGCUAUGCUCUGUAGACCAGCUCCUCUGCUCCAAAACCUGCUACAACUCCGUGAACUUGGGCUUCCUCAUCGACGGCUCCAGCAGCGUCGGGGAGGGGAACUUUCGUCUGGUCCUGGACUUCAUUACCUCCGUAGCUCGCAGUUUUGACAUUUCAGACAUAGGGGCUAGAGUAGGGGCGGUCCAGUUCACCUAUGACCAGAGGAUAGAGUUUAAUCUGAACGACUACCCGGAGAAGGACAACGCACUCCGAGCCCUGCAGGGGAUCUCCUACAUGAGUGGCGGUACUGCCACAGGUGAAGCCAUCACCUACACCACCCAGAAGCUGUUCCUGCCCCGUAAGGCCGGCCCUGGGAGGAACUUCCUCAUAGUGGUCACUGAUGGGCAGUCCUAUGAUGACGUCACAAGGCCAGCCCUGGCUGCCCAGAAGCAAGGGAUCACCAUCUACUCAGUUGGGGUAGCCUGGGCGCCAUUAGAUGACCUGCGAACCAUGGCGUCAGAGCCAAAGGACAGUCACACGUUCUUCACCAGGGAGUUCACUGGCCUGCAGCAGUUCCAGGAGCCCCUUGUAAGGGGCAUCUGCAGGGACUUCACUGAGGCCAAUUAGGAAGAGGGUGCAAAUGACCAUGCUGUUUGGGUUUGCUGGAAACCCCAGCCAAACAGGAAACCUCUAGAAACAACUUUAACAGUAUAGAAAUGACCAGGUAUAUCCUAACAAAUUACAUGGUCACUGUAUAUUAUUAAAUGUUUUUUCCCACUUGAUGUUAGAUGGUUACUCACCUUGAAAGAAGUCUAUAGGCUAUGAGGAAUUCUCCUUUAACCGAUUCCCUUGGGAAUCAUUCAGUCCAUUGAGCACUCUGGUACCAGGUGAUGGAAGUAUUGAAAGUCACUGUGUUUUAUCAAAUCUCCUACUAAAUACCAAUGGAAACACAAACAUUAAAGUGCUACUGUCUGUUACACACUUAGAGUACAGCAGGCACUAAUGGAGCAAUACCAUUGUAAAUACACAAAUAUUUAGAUAAGGCCUGGCAGAAUCAGAAGUUUCACCUGAAUGAGACAUUCCUAGGUUCUCAUGAUGUGGCUAGUUGGCAUGCAUUAUCUUAAGUGUACAGUAUAUCAUAGCCAUGUAACUAUACUCAAUUGCUGUUGUACAUUUGAAGGUUUAUGUUGUAGUUUUUUUUUUUUU